AUGCGCAUGCUCCGCUUGCUCGUGGGUCUUCCACGCUUGACCCAGAGCCUCAUGCCUGGCCCGAAGCGCCCCCGGCCGGCCCGCAUCGGUACCCACGGGGGGACCUUCCACUGCGAUGAAGCGCUCGCGUGCUUCCUCUUGCGGCUGCUUCCCUGCUAUCAGGAUGCAGAGAUAAUCCGGACGCGGGAUCCCCAACUGCUGUCCAGCUGUGAUGUGGUGGUGGAUGUGGGGGGCGAGUAUGACCCUCAGAAGCAUCGCUAUGACCAUCACCAGAGGUCAUUUGGGGAGUCAAUGCACAGCCUGAAUCCUGAAAAGCCUUGGCAGACCAAGUUGAGCAGUGCAGGACUUGUGUACUUCCACUUCGGCUUCCAGAUUCUGGCCAACCAGCUGAGCCUGCCAGAGGAUGAUCCUGUUGUGCACGUGCUUCACAACAAGCUGUAUGAGAACUUUGUGGAGGAGAUUGAUGCGAUUGACAACGGCAUCUCCCAGUGGGAUGGGGAGCCCCGCUAUGCCAUGACCACUAAUGUGAGCGCCAGAGUCGGGUACCUGAACCCCCGUUGGAAUGACAAGGAUCAGGACACUGAGGCUGGCUUCCAGAAGGCCAUGGAACUGGUGGGCAAUGAAUUCUUGGACCGGCUGGAUUACUAUUACCGUUCCUGGCUGCCUGCACGCACCCUGGUGGAGAAGGCCAUCCAGCAGCGCUUUGAGGUCGACCCCAGUGGUGAGAUUCUGGUCUUUGGCCAGGGCGGUUGCCCAUGGAAGGAGCACCUGUUUAGCCUUGAGCAAGAAUUGGAUGUGAAGACGCCUCUCAAAUUCGUCUUGUACACAGACCUGGCUGGCCAGUGGCGGGUUCAGAGUGUCCCAGCUGGGCUGCACACCUUCCAGAACCGACUGUCACUUCUCGAGGAGUGGCAGGGUUUACGUGAUGAGGAGCUCUCCAAGGUCAGCGGGAUCCCCGGCUGCAUCUUCGUACACGCCAGUGGCUUCAUCGGGGGGAACAAGACUAAGGAGGGUGCGCUGGAAAUGGCACGCAAGACGUUGGCUCGGCAGAUGGAAAGCAGCUAGAUGCCACCCCGUGGGACUUGUGGAGUUACUUUUUCAGUGGGUUGUUUCGAAAGCAGCAAAAUCACCCUGUUCGUGUAUGUCUGUGUCUGAGAGGAAAUGUUGGAUGGAGAGCCGGAGCUGGUUCCGCAAAGCUGUGCUGGGGCGUGGAUCCAGGACUGGCCUUCCUCAGGAGGGAAGGAUUUGUCUGUGGAAGGUCCCCCCCGCAUCUGAACACACACGUUUGUUUAACCAGGAUGGGUUUAUCAAUGGAUGCAAAGAAAAGAGCCUUGCAGUAGAACAAAUAAAAAGAGCAAAGUACUGGUUUCCAAUUUAA